GGUUUGGUUCUCAACUCUCCUCGCAGUCCUACGACAUCCGCCUCAUCAAGAACCAGGUUGCUGCGCAGACAGUUCGAUGCGACCAACUCACGACGAACAUGUCUAACCUGGCCAGCGACAUCCAGUCUAAAGUCUCUCAGCUUGAGAGCCAGCAGUCAGUCAUGUUCACUGACUUGAAUGACCGCUUCACCGCUCUCAAGGGUGAAGUCAACACGCAGAUUAUGAACGAGCUCCGUGCCCAAGAGGCACGUACCGCCAUCCCGAUCUUUGACAUGGACGCCGAGCAGGGCGCAGAGAUCCACGCCAAAGUUCAGCAACAUAUCGCCGCCAUCCAGGAACAGCUGCGCACUUUCUCGACGGCCCCAUCGGUAGCCAGCACCGUUGAGGCGCAGCAGGACAACGCGUGCACGCUGGUCGCGAUCAGGUUCCCCCGCAAGAUGCUCGCCCGCUCUCUGAAGACGAUCGCGGACGCCAUGAAGGCUCAGUAUGCACCGCAGGAAGCUCAGUCGCGGAUCACAGCCAAAUGCUUCGACAUGGCCAAGAAGAUCACCUUCAAUUUCGAGAACGCUUCGGACGCCUCAAACUUCCUGACGAACUACAGUCGCGACGGGAUCUUCCGUCAUCCUGAUCCCCUCGCCCCUCAGAAAAUGCUCAAUAUUAAGCUCAAGAGGGAUCAGGUUGGCAGCGACGGCUUGGGAGGUCUGGUGUACGCCCUGAAGUCAGAAGAUGAGCCCAUUGAGAUUGCCCAGAUCCAGGUCUCAGGUGAUGACCUCUCGAUUUCUAUUGAGCUCGACGCCGCCGGCCUGAGGGAAUUUGGGUUGGAGACCCAGGCCGCCGCCAUCCGCGCUGCCGCGAUG